AUGAUAUCUGCCGGCAUGGACACAACCAUGAUCACGGUCGAGUGGGCCUUAGCCGAGAUGGUCCGAAACCCAAGGGUUCAGCAGAAGUUGCAAGACGAGCUUGACCGUGUCGUAGGUCGGGACCGAGUCAUGACUGAAGCCGACAUCCCGAACCUCCCUUACCUUCAGCACGUGACCAAAGAAUGCUUCCGGCUCCACCCUCCUGUUAUGAGAAGGUUGGUGGAGGUAGCCAUUGAAGACUUCUUUAUUUGUGGGCUUCAACUUUCUUCAUUGGUGUGCUUUGCAUGGAACUUUGUCAACAAGGCCAAAACCAAUGACAAAAUCGGGGGCUUCGACAUUCCCAAGGGAGCAACCUUGGACCCGCCUGAGGGGGUUCGACCGGAGGAUAUGGACAUGAUGGAGCAGCCGGGGACAGUACAGUGA